AUGACCCUCCCUGACCCCCGUAACUGUGAGGUAAUGAUAAAGUUGUCAGCUAUCGCUGAUGACUUGGGUUCAACUCACCUUGGGGGGUGGGUUGUUGAGAUCCGGGCGAGGUCGGAAAUUGAGUCAACUUGGACUGAUGAGCACCAACGCUGUCUGAAACGACGCUUCUGGUCGGAUGAUGCGUAUCACAAUUUUGAGGAGCACCACUCGAUGCCUAUCAAGUAA